UAUUGUUUAAUGAUAUUUAGUAUAUCCUAAGAAUUCCAGUUUGAACGGAUAAAUCCAUUCGAAAGUAUUGAACUUUUUUUCGGUCUUACCAAGAUCUAUUUCAUAUUUCAAGAUGCAUGAGGAUAUUCAUCCUAUUUUUAACUGACAAUCAUAUUUUAUGAGUUUAUUUCAAAUUUAGCUGCACCCUCAUCUAUUCAACCAGUUACCUCAAGUACUACUACAUUAAUGGAUGAAUUAAUGGCAGGUACAAGACGAAACAAUAAAAAAAAUCAUUGUAGUCAUUCAAAUUCAAGAGAAUCUCAAGCUUGUUCAUCAGUUAUUUUUGUACUGAAUAAAAUAUUCAAAUUUAAUUUUUAGACACUUGAUUUAUUAGAAAGAUUUCGUGUAAAAGUUCAUACUGCUAACGAUGAACAAAUUAGUGAACCUUUAAAUGAAACACAAUCAGAACAAAUAGCUGAUAAAGUUCAAACACCAUUUUUAAAACAUACUUUUGUAUCUCAAGAUUUAUUAGAUAAUGUUCAAGAUAUUUAUACGAAUGCUGAAUUAUUAACUGUUUAUGAUCCAAGAAAUCCAAUGACUAAACGACGACGAGAUGAAAGUAGUAUGUUACUUCAUCAAAAAAAACAUAAAGGACGUACAUAA